AUGUCCGGAAAUACCACCCCAAUGCCAUCGCCCCGCUCGACUCCCACAAAGACUCCUGCAAAGCAAGAUUCUCCAAAUGUUUCGCCCCGUGCACUUCCGAUGACCCCCCCGUCCCCCGCCUUCGCCUUCACGACCGGGGAAUUGGGAUACGCGUCUUCCGAUGCUUCGUCCAAUUCUUCGGCUAGAUCCUCACUUGGUCGGACGGACCUCGGAGGGCCACGAAAACGCGGGUUCAUGCGACCUCAAGGGACAGAGUUCUCAACCUCGGCGCGGUCCAGGCAAAGCGUGAUGGCGUUAGGGAGUAUAGCACACCUUCAAUACUUUUUCGCAAAGACUGGAUUGUUGGAUGGGAAAGGGGCGUAAGUCUCGCACCACCACUCUCCUACAUAGCUAGAGCUUCUCUGACCGUCUAUGCAGCGGGCUACAGACGAAGAAGAGCUCGAAUAACCUGACUGUGGACACAUCAGCAGCCCAGGGGAUUUCCCAGGACUCGACUUAUUCCUCACUCCGAUCGUCGCCAGAACCUUUCAUGCCUAUGGAAGCUGACUUCUUCUCCGAAUCACCCUCUGAGCUCGAUGAUUUCCCCUUUGAUGAGUCGGUCAUGCUACCGCCUACCACUUCCACGUACAACCCUCAGACAAAGCAUGUCCCUCCAACCCCAAAUCCUCAGGUCCUCCGGGAGCAAUUGCGGGGCGCCUUGGCAGUAACGAAAAGUGCGUGGCUACAGAGCUUUGCGAUUCCGGGUGGGCCGGCGCGCAAGGAGAAGGUGGAGGGCGAAGAGGAUCUGGCUCCAUUACCACCCGGGCUCAGCGAACUUCACGGGAACGAAUUGGUGGAAUUGGCAACUUCUGCCAUUCGGGCGGCAAAGGCGUAUUACUACACCACCGACAAAUCACUCUUGUCAACACGGGAUGACAAAUCGCUGAGGGAGGGAUUUCUAACAAUUCUAGACGUGCUCAAGAGACUGGCGCAGAGGAAAUUCGACGGCGGCGUGAAACCCGAGGAGCGGGACGCCAUCGUCAGGUGGAUCGAGAGCGUGGAGCUAUCACUGCUAGCAGAGGAAAAUGCAAUAGCGGACAUGCGGAAGGAAGGCAGGGAAUGGCUGGAAGGCAGCUGGGAAGGUCGGGAAAUGAGUUUGCUCCCUAAUCACCCUAAGCCUUCUCAAUCCCCAAACCUGAGCCCAACAUGCUAAUCAAGCUACUAGCAGACCGCUGCCACCUGUUCCUAAACUACUUCGACCCCUCCCCAGACCCCCUCCCCCCACCUAUUCCUACCGGACCAGCAACCCCGCUUCCAACGCCCUUCCUCUUAUCCCUCCGCUCAGGCCUCCGCCUGAUCCUGAUCCACAAUGCUGUCAUCCGCCGCUCCAAGCGGCCCUUCGGCCAGAUCCAGAACUACCAUAAAGAAUUCAGCAAGCCCUAUCGCUCAGCAGAGAACUUGCGCUUCUGGAAGAAGGCCGCGGAGAUCCGGUGGGAGUUGAGGUUGAAGUUUGAUGUCACGGGUGUAGUCAACGGGACCGAAGAUGGGUGGCGGGAUUUUCAGAGGGAUAUUGGGUACUGGUGUGAGAAGGUACUCGAGGAGAUUAGGGCGGAUUGGGAGGUUGGUAAUGUCACGAGCGGUGAAGUAGAGAAGGAGGAAGGGCAUGUUAGGCAUACGAGGAGUGGGACGCUGGAAAGUUUGAAAGUUGAGAUUGGGGGGUAUAUUUCAUAG